AAUCGCUUCGCAGCUCAGCACGUGCAUUCAGUGUUUGUUCCGAAACUAAAAUCAAGAAAUUUAGUGUAAAUUAGGCUAAUUUCGGUGAAAAAUGGUGCAAAAGAGUAGAAAAUUCAAGCAGCGAUACCGGCCGCCAGCUUCUAGUGGACCAAAAACGCUACCGGAAGCCUCCUGGAAGCAUGUGAAACUUAGCGGGCCGGUCAUCUCCGACGAUGGUGGCGAUUUGGCUGGGCUGAUCGGAUUGGAGAUUCUGGAAAACUACGACCGCACGCUGGUGACCAAGGAUAAAAAGAAGAAGUCCAAGAAGGAGGACGCACCGGAAAAAUCCCGUCCGGGUAAAAAAGGCGCAGCAAAGCGAGUCGCUGAGGAUAGCGACGAUGACGAGGAGGACAGUGAGGACGAGCGACCGUCCAAGAAGAAGUCAAAACCAUCGAGGAGGGAAAGGACACCGGAAUCCAUGUCUGAAGGUUCCGAUGAGGAUGAUGAUUCGGGAUUUGAUGAUAGACCGACUAAAAAGCAAAAGAAGCAAGAGAAACGAACGGCCAAACUCGUUGAAAGGUUGGAUGACGAUGAGGGCGAUGAAGAUGACGAGACGAUGGAAGAGGAUCAUGUUCCCGGACGCUUUGUUAUGGUGCAAAAGACCAGUGAAGGUGGGAACGAGCCGGAGAAGAAGAAACGUAAAAAGCGGAAAAAUAAGAAGAAAAAGGGAAAACCAGAAGUGAACGGAAAGGACAAGGAGGAUGAUUAUUCCAGCGCGGAGUAUUUCAAAUGGACCGAACUGGGCGUAUCGGAACCGAUCGUACGAGCUCUGGCGGACAAAGGUUUCCGCACGCCGACCGAGAUCCAAACACUGUCGCUGCCGGUCGCCAUCAUGGGCAAGCGGGAUCUGCUCGGAGCGGCCGAGACCGGAAGUGGUAAAACGUUGGCGUUUGGAAUUCCCCUGCUGGAAGGGAUUAUGAAGCUAAAAGCGACGGAACCGCCUCGGAUGCGGAAAGAUAAAAAAUCCGCCAAGAAGGAGGAAGAGGCAGAACGCGAGGGGCACGAACUGACGCCUCCUCCGGAGGAACUGGAAUACUAUCCGACGCCCGGUGGUGAGGAUUCGUCGGUUCUGCUGGACAGGGAUCUCGAGAAGGACGAACAACCGCAGCUGGAUAAACCUUUGUACGCAUUGAUCCUAACGCCAACUCGGGAGUUGGCUGUGCAGAUCAACGACCAUCUGAAAGCGGUUACCAAGUAUACGGACAUCCAGAUUGCAACCGUUUUCGGAGGUUUGGCAGCCGUCAAGCAGGAAAGGAUGCUGAAAAAGUGCCCGGAAGUGGUGAUUGCCACUCCCGGUCGGCUUUGGGAGUUGAUUCAGGCUGGGAAUCCACAUCUCUGCAAGGUCGAUGAAAUUCGCUUCCUGGUCAUCGACGAAACGGAUCGUAUGCUUGAGCGGGGACAUUUCGACGAACUCAAGCAGCUACUGGAAAUGAUCAACAAUAACGAAGAGGCCACAAAGCUACGGCGCAACUACAUCUUCUCCGCCACGCUUACCAUGGAUCAUGACUUGCCGGAGCACCUGGUGGCCAAAGCCAAGAAGAACAAAAAGGUUCACAUCACGAAGGAAACAAUUGGCCAGAGGUUGAACAACCUGAUUCAAAUCAUCGGCAUGACGAAUCCGAAAGUCGUGGACAUCACGCAGGAGCAUGGAACGGCCCAUACCCUAAUCGAAUCGAGGAUCCUGUGCAAAGCUGAACAUAAGGACUACUACCUGUACUACUUCCUGCAGCGACAUCCGGGUCGAACCUUGGUGUUCUGCAACUCGAUCGACUGCGUCAAACGGCUCGUUUCGCUGUUCGGAUAUCUGAACUGUGAACCGCUCAGCCUUUUCGGAAGCAUGCAACAACGUCAACGGUUGAAGAAUCUGGAACGGUUCACCCAGAAUCCGGCUGCGCUGCUGAUCGCCACGGACGUCGCCGCCCGUGGUCUGGAUAUCCCAAACGUGGACCACGUCAUUCACUACCAGGUGCCCAAAACCACCGAAAACUACGUGCAUCGUUCCGGGCGAACGGCGCGUGCCAGCAAGGAAGGUAUCACGGUGCUGCUGAUAGGAGCCAACGAAGUCGGCGACUACGUCAAGCUGAACCAAUCGCUGGGAAGGACCGAAGAUCUGCCGAUGUAUCCCACGUCGGAGCGGAUGAUGAAGCAGAUCAAGGAACGGGUCAAUCUGGCACGGGACAUCGAGAAGAUGGAUCUGCGCCAGCGGCGGACCAACGACAGCCGAAGCUGGGAGGACAAGGUGGCAAAGGAAUUCCAAACCGAUUCGGACCUGGACAGCGAACAAGAGGAAGAACGCAAGCUGGCCAAAAGCCGCGAGAAACGGCAGAUGAAGGCGAGGAGAUUCGAGCUGAGCCGCCUGCUGGCCACACCCAUCGUGAUGGAUCGAGUCGAAUUGAAGUUCCCUACGUCGGCCGUAUCCGUGAAUCUACCGGCGGAAAAGGAACGCUCCGCAAUCAACCUAGUGAAGCAAGUCGUCGAAGAGAAUAUUCAGCUCAAGAAGCAACGAAACAAAAAGAAAAAGUUAGAAUAAUCAAGAACCUUUUUCAAAUUUAGGUUAAAUGAUGAUCCUAGUAUUAAGUAAUGUAAAUAAAACCUUUAUGAUUCUUCGUUUCAUAA